GGCCAGAGCCACAUCGAGGCCGCAGGGGAACCACCACCACCACCACCACCACCACCACCACAGGACAUCACCGAGGCUUCCCCACGCAGCACAUCCAAGAUGGGCAGGAUCAUCUUCUACGAGGACAAGAACUUCCAGGGCCGACGCUAUGAGUGCGACAGCGACUGCUCAGACUUCCACGCCUACCUGAGCCGCUGUAACUCCAUCCGGGUGGAGACUGGGGCCUGGGUGGUGUACGAGAGGCCCAACUAUAUGGGCUACCAGUACGUUCUGACCAGGGGGGAGUACCCGGAGUACCAGCGCUGGACGGGACUCAACGACCGACUCAGCUCCUGCAAGAUGAUCCACUUUACCAGUGGGACCCUGUACAAGAUGCAGCUCUAUGAGAGGGCAGACUUCGGGGGCCAGGCCUUCGAGGCCACAGAGGACUGUCCCUCCCUCCUGGAGAAGUUCCGCUGGAGGGAGGUCAACUCCUGCAAGGUCUUCGACGGCUGGUGGGUUUUCUACGAGCAUCCCAACUACCGUGGACGCCAGUACUUCCUGGAGAAGGGAGAGUACUGCAAACCUGGCGACUGGGGGGCCAGCAGCCCCACAGUCCUGUCCUUCAGGCGCUUCACUGAAUGAUUUACCCUCCAUCGAAAACACCAAUCUCAUGUAUCCAUUCUGAGGUCUCGCAAAUAAAAACCUGUCCAGCUAAACCUCUGGA